AAGAUGAAGUCACAGGUUCCCCUGCAGAUUCUGCUGUAUGCUACAGUCAUCAGGACUCUGAAGGUGGUGUCCAAACGCGGAUCAGUGGAUGGCUGUACGGAUUGGUCUGUGGACUACCUGAAGUAUAAAGUUCUGCUGGGCGAGCCAGUGAGGAUUAAAUGUGCAUUAUUUUAUGGAUAUAUCCGUGCAAAUUACACACACGCUCAGAGUGCCGGACUCAGUUUGAUGUGGUACAAAAGCACUGGACACGGAGACUUCGAGGAACCCAUUUCAUUUGACGGCAGCCGUAUGAGUAAAGAGGAAGACUCCAUCUGGUUCAGACCGGCUGAGAUACACGACGUGGGUCAUUAUUCAUGUGUGUUGAGGAAUUCGACGUACUGUAUGAAAGUGUCGAUGUCUCUCACAGUGGCGGAGAAUGACACGAGUCCCUGUUACAACUCCAAGAUGAGAUACUCUGAGAAAGCCGAGUUGAGUAAAAGCAAAGACAUUCUGUGUCCAGACAUUGAUGAUUACAUACAGCUGGGAAAAGAGCCAGACAUCACCUGGUACAAGGAAUGCCGGCCAAAACAGUGGAGGCAAAGCAUCAUCAGAAAAGCAGAUUUACUCUCCAUUAAUGACGUGCGUGAAGAUGACUAUGGGAAUUACACCUGUGAAUUACAGUUUGGGACUUUUGUGGUGAGGAGGACAACUGAACUCUCCGUCACAGCACCGUUGACUGACAAACCUCCGAAGAUCCUUUACCCAUCUGAAAAUAAGGUCAGCAUCAUGGAGCUGCAGUUAGGCAGCGCUGUGAAUCUUACCUGUCGAGCAUUCUUCGGCUACAGUGGUGAUGCAAGUCCACUCAUCUACUGGAUGAAGGGAGAGAAGUUUAUUGAGGAUCUGGACGAAAGUCGAAUCAGAGAAAGUGACAUUAAAAUGCUUCGAGAACACUUGGGUGAGCAGGAGGUUUCUAUCUCACUGAUGAUAGAUGCUGUUGAGGAGAGUGACCUGGGAAACUAUUCCUGUUAUGUGGAAAAUGGCCACGGAAGAGGACAGGCCAAUAUACAACUGAGCAAGAGAGUUGAGCUGAUGUAUACGGUGGAAUUAGCUGGUGGUUUGGGAGCGAUUCUGCUGAUGUUGAUAUUUCUGGUGUUGCUGUAUAAAUGUUAUAGAAUUGAGCUCAUGCUCUUCUACAGAAAUCACUUUGGCAGUGAGGAUCUGGAUGCAGAAAAUAAAGACUAUGACGCAUAUGUGUCGUACACUAAAGUGGAUCCAGACCAGUGGAGUCAGGAGACGAGAGAGGAAGAACGUUUCGCUUUGGAAAUUUUGCCUGACGUUCUGGAAAAACAUUAUGGGUAUAAACUCUUUAGGCCUGACAGGGACUUGAUCCCAACUGGAACAUACAUUGAGGAUGUCGCUCGCUGUGUUGACCAGAGUAAACGUCUCAUCAUUGUCAUGACACCCAGUUACGUGGUGCAACGUGGCUGGAGCAUCUUUGAGCUGGAGACACGUUUAAGGAACAUGCUGGUUACUGGAGAGAUUAAAGUUAUUCUCAUUGAAUGUGCCGAGCUGCGAGGGAUCAUGAAUUAUCAGGAAGUCGAAGCUCUCAAACACACCAUCAAACUUCUAACAGUCAUCAAGUGGCCUGGCCCUAAGAGCAGUAAACUCAACUCAAAGUUCUGGAAGCAGCUUCAGUAUGAAAUGCCCUUUAAACGGCCCGAACCCAAGCUGUCGCAUGAGCAGGUGCUGGACGUGAGUGAGCAAGGACCCUUCGGCGAGCUGCAGACUGUCUCAGCAAUCUCUAUGGCAGCAGCCACUUCCACUGCCAUGGCGACUGCACACCCAGAGAUGCGCUCUACUUUCCACAACACGUACCACACGCAGCUGCGACAGAAGCAUUACUACAGGAGCUACGAGUACGACAUCCCUUUGUCUGGUACCCUCCCGCACCUGUCAUCACUAGGCAACCAACACACCUACUGCAACAUCCCAAUGACACUUUUGAAUGGACAGCGGCCACAGGGGAAAACACCUCGUGAACAGCAGCAGGCGAUAGAGGAGCAACACAUUAAUAAUGCGAUGCUGCCACUGUUGCCUCGAGAAACCAGCAUCUCCAGUGUCAUCUGGUGACAUCAUCAGGAAGGGGCCAUUUUUAUUAGUUGAAUGCUAAUAGCACUUAAGACCCUUAAAAACAAACUAAUGACUGCUGCUGUUGACUUGCACCAAGAUUCACAGGGAUUUGAAAUAUUAAGGCAAGAACUCUGAAACUGUCACCACGCCACUCAACAUGAAAUCAUAACAGGCAUUGAGGAGGAUGAAAUGAAAGAACUUGCAAAGCUCAUUCUGUUUCAUUCUUACACAAACACAAACAACUUGCUUAUAUAUUCUCAAGGAAUACAGGGUCUUGUACAUUAUUUAUAUUUGAAAUUUCUUUGUAGCAUUGGUAUUUUUUAGUUAUGGUCUACUGUUUCUUUUUUUUUAAACUUUUACCAUCUCAAAUUUUGUAUAUCUAAUUGUUUCUUCCUUUGCAAAAUGACAGGGCAGAGACAUGGAAAGAGUAAAUGUUGAGCUGAUUUGUUGUAGAUUGAAACAAUACUUAUCUAAAUCAAAAUAGGAUUUGUGGUGUGAUGCUUUCUUUGAGAAAGCAACUUGUUUAAAACAUUAUUUAAUUUUUUGUUCUGGUUGGUUGAUGAGAUCUUAGAUCUACUUUGAAGAAAAAAACUAAAUUAUGCAAAUGAUCCUUAGGCCUGAACAUGCUUCUUCCUGAAUGAACGACGGGGCAGAUGACACUGGGAAAAAAGUGAGAUGUGCAAGGGUUGGCAACCUUUUUGACAUGGAGUGCCAUUUUUUAUUUUCUUGCUUAAAAAAAAACAAACAAAAAAAACAAUUAUAUUAUCAGCAUAACAGUGAGUGGAAAAUUUUUGAAAAACACGAUUAAGAUAUAAUCAUGAUCCUGUAUGUGAAUAUUCACAGAGCAUCUUAUGAAAGUGCUUUUAAUGAAAGAAAACCUGUCCUUUUGUGCAAAAUGAUUUAACACAGUUAAUGUCACAGAUUUGCUUAUUUGAUUACUGAUCAUGGAAUUGUGUGGAAUCUUAAAUAUUUCUUAUAUUAUGUCAUGCGUUUUUCAAAAUUACACAGAGGGGUAAUCACUAACACGUAAGCAACCAUGAGAGAGGAGCAGUCUAUUUUACUUAUAUAAAGUUUUUCGCAUUCCAAUCUACAUCUUGAUGUAAUCCUUCCUCAUGAUCACGCAGCAUAUUUUCAUCAGCUGAAUGCAAGGGCAUAGCAGCCACGGGGGACGUAGGGGACAUGUCCCCCGCACUAUUUAAAAAGGUGAUUUUUGUUCCCCACACUUUUCCAAGCUAAACCCAUACAGAGUCCAAAUGGUGGAUUUGUAUACAGUGUUCUUUGCAUUUUGUUACUUUGGGCUGAUAGAACGACCAUCCAGCCAAUUGAGUUUCAUGAGCCGAAACAACCCUUACGUGAUAGGCCGUCAGUCAGAGAGUCUAAUCAACACAGCUCCGUUCAUUUCUACAAAGUUGCUUUCAACAAUGCUCAUUUAUCCAUGUUUUUUAUCAGCAUUGAUGUUGAUCUAAUUUAAUAAUCUAGAGAUGAGGAACACACAAACGAGAGUUAUUUAUCGGCAUAUCGUUCUUGAUUGGCAGCAUUAUGUGAAAUGCACUGCAGAAAAAAAACCAAAGGACAAUCCUUCUUUUAAACACACAUUGUAAGUGGAGUUUAUAUCAGCCCAUGAGUCUUCAUUAUGCUUGUGAGGUAAUAGUUUGAUCGGUUGUUUUUGCCAAUUUAAGCAGAUUACUCUAGAUCUGUGUUAAAUAUUUAAAACUAUUUUUAAUAUCAGCUCCUGUUUUUUACCUCUAUGUUGGUGUGCAGUCGACAAACUAAGAAAAAAGAUCUGCUGUGUUAGGCAUUUUACUUAAGUGAAUAGAUAUGUAGACACGCUUUUUUAUACAUGAAAACAUAUGGACGUUAUUCAAAUAAUUAUUAUAAGACUAUUAUUGUUGUCUUUUGAUGAAAGUCAUGCUUAACAGCUCACAAACUGUAUGGAAAUGAUAUAUUUGUUUUGUUAUAAUUCAUAAAACCUCUACUAAAGUCUUUUUUUUUUUUAGGUCUGUAGACAUUCAAAUUUUAAAGGAUUUCAAUUUUCUUUUGAUCGUUGAUUCAGUGACUAACUCAUUUCACACAAAACACUCAAUUGGCAUCACAAGAAAUGGUCACUGAAUCAUUUAAUUGAUCUGAACAAAUUUUGGUGAACGUAGUCAAAACACUCGAGUCACUUGGAUACAUUUAAACCCCACAAUGCACAAGCACAGAGUAAAACAUUUAAUUGUGCACAUGCACAAUUGUCAUUAUUGUAAUUGAUUAAAUUCAGGACCAGCUUGUGCUCAGUCUUUUAUUUUCAUGUGUGAAACAGAAGCAAGUGCUCCACAAGAUGCCCUUUAUUUUUGGCAUAAAAUUUUGCAAUUAUUUUGCAAUACAUGGAUCAUUAAAAUACUACAAAUAUUAAAAGUAAAUAUGUAUAUUUUAAUAUAAUACUUGUAUCAUACUUCUAUAUUAAUAUAUACUGUAAUACAGUGGCGGGCCGUGCAUUUAAAGUCUAAGGCUUCAGUGUGAUUCAUGCCAUUAAGAAAACACAGUUUCACAAUGAAUAAGACACCGUAUGCCUUUGGGCAUCAUACAUUAUGUCACAGCUAACUAAUAAUACCAACUGACAUUUUAAAAACCCGUCCACGCACAAAAGCCAGAACUUGAAACGACACUUAAUGCUCAAGCAAGCCUAAUUUUAACUGCAGCAUGACUGAUUUUGUGAAAUGAACAUCAAAAAUCAUAAUUUUUCAUAUGAAUCUACCAUGGAGGUCUAUAAUACCUGGAAAAAUCCAUCUAAUAAUAUUUGUGAUUUAAAUGUUGCUUGCAAUAAAUUUCGUUUCAUCAGGGUACACGGUUAUGCUGCGCUUCAUUCAAGUUGGAUGUGGGAUAUUCCUACUUAAUAUCUCCGACCAUAAAUGCAUUCCAUUCCCCGAUAUUCGGAACUGCAACGCUCCCGUUAGCUUAGCAGGAGUUUGACUCUCAUUAGAGAUGUCUCCUAGCAACCCAACUGAUAAACAAUGCUGCAGCGCUAGCAUUUGUGCUUCAGGUGUACGAUUAUAAAAAGAGAUUAUAAUGUUUUAUACACCUGUUUCUGCAGGCGUUUGUUAAACAAGCUUUAAUAUCAUGUAAUGUGGAAACAAACUCAUUUAUCGAUAUUGCUUAAUAAAGUGAAUGUUUAUCACUUACUUUGUAAAUCUCCCUGAGUGUCGACAUGUUUGUGUGACAUCAUGCCCCUGCAUCUCGGCGAAAUCGGUGUUGAGAAUUUCUGCACGAGCCUACAAGUUGUAAUUCUGACUUUAAGAUGCAUUCCAUUGCACUUUUCCUAGUAGGAAGUUGUAAAAUCCGACUUUCCGAGUUGAAUGGAACGCAGCACUACUUUUCAAAACUUGAUCCGACACUGAAUGCUCAAGCAGCCUAAUUUACACUUAGAAAACUCCUGUGUUGCUGUAACAAUGCAAAAAUCAGGAAUACAGCAACAGAAAUUUGUCCAACACACUCUCACGGUGAAAUCGUCAGGAUUUGUACAACUUUUCUAAAUUUGGCUAAUUCAUAUGUUAUCGUGCGACUGCACUCGUUUGAAACCCUACGACUUUCACUUCAGCCAGUGACGUCGCUGGACAUCGUUUCCAUUUAAUACAUGACAAUUACUUGCUUCUGUCACACACAACAUGUUUACACACUCUACUGAGUGGUAAAGUUUAGAUAAGGGGUUUGGGUAAAGGCAUAAUAUUAAUAAGUAUGUCCUUAACGCCUCGUGUGCAAAACUCGCGCUUACUUCCGCAUUAGACAUCCGGGAAUUUGCACGUGAUGAAGUCGUACGAAUUUAUGUGAACAACAUCAUGCGAGACCAUACGAAAUAGCCAACUCGUAAAUUAUGUACAACCUUUCAUGAGAUCUUGCAUUCCAUUGCACUUUUACUAGUAGGAAGUUGUAAAAUCCAACUAUCUGAGUUGAAUGGAAUGCAGCACUACUUUUCAAAACUUGAUCCGACACUGAAUGCUCAAGCAGCAUAAUUUACACUUAGAAAACUCCUGAUGUUGCUAUAACAAUGCAAAAAGCACUAAGCAAUUUACUUGAAGUGAAAAUCAGCCCUCAUCGACUGUUUAAUAAAUUAAGCAAUCACACGGUCAUGCAGAACAUCUCGUGUUUUUAAAUCCAUAAGGAUCUCUUUCACAACGGUAAUACCAGCAGUGAUGACAGCCGACUCAUCAGACAGCUUGAUCUUAUACUUUUCGCUCUUGAAUUACGUACAUCACUUAAAGCGUGAUUGCGUCACGAGACUCACAAGCCGCAUCACAAGCCGAUUUAGCCUGUUUGUGGGUUUAUGUUUUCUCUUUUAAUCAUUUAAUGUAAUUUUGAGUGUGACCAUGGUUUAAGGAGGGUGUACCUGAAUGCAGAAUCUCAAGGAUUAAUAGUGGUGUUUUCCUUAUUACAUAACGUUUUGUUCUGAAAGCAAAAAUAAACAAAUGAAACACUGAAUGUAGGCUCUCAUCCACACAGCCUGACAGUAGUAAAGCGGGCAUGUUUACUUCCGUGAUUAACCAAAAGUGAAGCGCUGCCUGCUUGUAACGCGUGAAUGGCUUGCACGUGCUGCAUGAGUCUGUUGGGUAUACUGCAGUCUCGUCACAUUUUAACUUUUUGUUUACCCUCCCAUUCAGCUCAUAAAAACAUGCUGCGUGAUCAUGAGGAAGGAUUUCAUCAAGAUGUAGAUUAGAAUGCAGGUGUGGAAUUUAUAUAAAUAAAAUAGUCUACUCCUCUCUCACCGUUGCUGGCAUGCCAGUGAUUACCCCUCCACGCUGGCACAUGUACCAUAGGUUGCCGACUCCUCUUGUGUCCCUGUCUCUCAUGUGAUAUUGAAACAACAAAAACAGCCUUGCUGUUAAGCUUGAUAGUGGGAAUUUUCACCGUAACAUUUUUUGUAACAAAAGAUUUGCUUGGAAAGACAUACUUAGUCAUUUCAUUCAUUCCAGUAUUGGAGACACUAAGGAGACUAUUUAGGCUCAAGAAUUAAUGUCCUUUAAUAGAAAAAUUGCAAUAGUAUUUUAAAUGUUUCUGUCAAAUCAUGGAUGAUCAGGGGAAAAAUAAUGUGUUUUUAUCUUCCCCAGGACAAUGGCAUCAUUUUGGAGUGUGUAUAACAACUAGAUAU